AUGUCCCACCUAACCUACUACAACUACGACGGCGUCGGCAAAGCCAAACAAUCCCAGUUCAAAUAUAGCCAAGCCGUCCGCGUCGGCGACCGCAUCGAAUGCGCCGGACAGGGAGGCUGGGACCCAACCACAGGAACCAUCCCCCGCGAAAUCAACGCACAAAUCGACCAAGCCUUCGCGAACGUGGACCUGAAUCUACGGAACGCAGGCGGCGCGGGCUGGAGCCAGGUGUACCGGGUGAACUCGUACCAUGUUCCGAUCAACGACGAGGCGCUGGAGGCGAUGGUGCGGAAUUUCCGCAAGUGGGUUCCGGGGCAUGAGCCGAUUUGGACGUGUGUGGGGGUGACGCGGUUGGGGGAGGAUGAUAUGAGGGUUGAGAUUGAGGUUGUGGCGCAUGUGCCGUAG